CUUAAGGUGGCUGUGUUUAUAUCUCAAUUGUACACCUUGAGGGGUCGGGUCCACAGUUUUGGCCUUCUUGACGGCAUGGGGAACACCUUCGCUGAGCACUUGUGGAGGUUGAGCUUGUCGACGCUGCUCGGUUCACUCAAGAAGGCCAAAACUGUGGACCCGACCCCUCAAGGUGUUAUUGUGUUGGGGAGCCAUUCUGUGCCCGAAUGUGUGACGAAGGUCCUCGGCCUUGGGCCCAAGUUCAGUCUACAGCCGGCAACCAGUAAGGCUGAAGUCCUGGGGUACAUUAGGAAUGUAGCCAGGCCCCUGCCGGAAGAUGCUCAGGCUUCCUGUAUUGGCCAAGCGGUAGGAGCAGUUAAAAGCACGGCUCUACCUAGGUCACGGUUACGACAAAUGAAACAAGUUGUGCAGUACUCCGAGUCUGCGGAUGUCAAUCUCGUUACGGCGGACAAGGAGGGUGGAUUUGUUGUAGUUCCUCGGCAACUUUACGUCCACAAGAGCGAAGAGGCACUGGACAAGAAUUUCCGGAAGGCUUCGGCGGACGAUGAAAGGAAGGCACGAACCAAGGUGUUGGACAUUUGUGGAAGUGCUGAUCUUCUGCAGCUAGCAAAGAAUGUGAGAAGCCGCAAAGAGAAGUUCCUUAAAGUCUUCUACACGGCAAAAACUCACAAAGACGGUGUCCCCUUCAGAGCUAUUGUUUCGGAGAAUGGGACCUGGCAAAAAUGUGUGUCGUUGUUUCUGCAGCGUCAUCUUUCUGAACUCGAUGUUCCGGACCCUUUUGUUAUACCCAACUCCGGACCUGUUGUGGAUUACCUCAAGGGAGAGUCAAGGAAAAACAUGACCGUUUUUUCAGUUGAUGUUGUCGACCUGUUUUACUCAAUUCCACAUGUCCAACUCCUACAGUCAGUGGAGGAUAUCAUCGAGCGCUCGGGAGGAGUACGGUUCCAGAAUAAUGCGGGAGUCUCCAUUUCGACGUUCAUGGAGCUACUCACGGUUUAUCUGUCUUCGACCGUAGUUCAAAACUCUGGACAGUUCUACAUUCAGAAGAAAGGAACUCCCAUCGGCUCGUGUGUUUCACCGGUUUUACGCGGGAUAUUCCUGGCCGCUGUGGACAAUCAGGUCUACGAAACAUUGAAGGAUAGGUGCAUCUUUAGGAUUUUUCGCUACGUGGACGAUUACUUAAUUUUUUUCACAGAUUCGGAUUCCUCGAGGAUGGAUACACACUAUAUUUUAGAUCUAUUCAAAGCCAACGCCGGUGGCCUCGAUUUUACCUUCGAACUGCCUGUGAAAGGUUGCAUUCAGUUUUUGGACAUUAGAAUGGUUGAUUCUGUGUUUCACAAAUGCUGGUCCUACCACCCGAGGUCCAGGAAGGCCGUACUCCCUUUUAGUUCUUGCCAUACCAAAAUUGUCAAGAGGGGCAUUGUUCGAACCAUGUUGCGCUCUGCGCUCAACAAGUCUUGUGAACAUGAGAUGCAGCACAGCUUCCAAGCACAGCUGGGGAAGUUGGCAGCUGGUGGAUACCCGGACACCCUCACCCAAUCUGUGUCAGAGACCCUCAUCACCGAGAUGCGGCAGGCCUCGACCACAGAGAGGAGGAGGCCCGAAGGAAGACCAGUCUGCAUUCCUUAUGUACAUAAAAUUUCGCACAACAUCAAGAAAGUAGCCGAAAGACAUGGUGUCCCAGUGGUCCUGUCCGCUCCGGUGAAGCUACAACAGCUGUGCUCCAGAGUCAAUAACCCCAAGCCACGUCGGGGUUGUGAAGUCCAGCAUAAGAGGCCUUUCGUAAAAUGUGACACAUCUUUGGUUUAUAAAAUCCCUUUGACCUGCGGCAAGUACUAUAUAGGGCAGACUGGAAGGUGUCUUAGUGUUAGGUUACUUGAACAUGCAGCUGCACUAAAAAACACGCCCAGUGGUCACCUUGCACUACAUGUAAGGGAUUGCGGUUGUACACCGUCAUUUGACCGCACGUGCACGCUUGCCAAGCAUCCCAAUCAGACAGUGAGGGAGAUACACGAGGCCUUCAACAUUUUUCAGCAUGGUCCCGAUUGUGUUAGCUCCCCUUCAAUAGCCUUGUCUUCUGCGGAAUGUAGUUAUCUAAAUGACAGUCGCACAGAUCGUGAUAUCGCCGUUUGA